ACGCUUCUGGUAAGUGGGGAAAAGAUUAAAACUUCAUUGGAAACUUUAAAAUCCGUCAGUCGCAGUCAAGCUGUUGCAUGAACUUAUUGCACGCUUUCGUUAGCAUUGAACGAUUUAUAGAAUUAAAUCAUCGCGUAUGCAACUGAACUAUGGAGGCGUGUUUGGCUGCAACCUGUGCAACUGCAGCAAGUGGUUCCUCUGCCAACUUGUUCAUACAUCUGGUACAAACGCUACUGACGGCGCAAUGCAGCUUAAGUAGUGAUAUUUAUCCAGCAGAUCGCUCAGAAGAGAUUGCGAGCUCUAACAAAGAAUUCGAUUUUAUAAUUGUGGGUGCUGGAAGCGCCGGUUCCGUACUAGCUAAUCGUUUGACCGAAAUAAAAGAUUGGAAAGUAUUGUUAAUCGAAGCUGGUGAGAAUCCUUUACCUUUUAGUGAGGUACCCGGGGCAUUUAUGCUGCAGCUAGGAUCGUCGCAAGAUUAUUCUUAUGUUGUGGAGCCUGAGAAACUCGCUUGUCACGGUGCAAACAACAAGUUGUGCAAGUGGCCAAGAGGCAAAGCUCUUGGUGGCACCUCCACGCUAAAUGCCAUGUUCUACGUUUAUGGCAACGAAGAAGAUUAUAAUAAAUGGUCCCGAAUGGGUAACAAAGGAUGGAGCUACGAAGAAGUCUUGCCGUACUUUAAGAAAUCUCAAACCUGCGGUCAUGGACAUAAUAACGAGUGGAGAAGUAAGUACUGUGGUCAUGGAGGACCGUUAAACAUUAGAUAUUACAACUACACAUACAGUCAUAUAAAUGAAAUGUUAUUGGAUGCCGCUCGCGACUUGGACGUGCCUAUUCUGGAUAACAUUAACAGUGACAAAUUUAUCGGAUACGGCAUAGCUCAGGGAACCGUGGAUAAAGGUCGCAGAAUGAGCACUUCGAAAGCUUUCCUGUCGCCGAUUAAAAAGAGAAGUAAUUUUUACGUGAUGAAGUCUACUCGAGUCGACAGCAUUCUGCUGAAGGAAACUCGAGCGGACGGAGUACGCGUGACUUUGAAAGACGGAAGAUCGAUCGAGGUGAAAGCUUCGAAGGAAGUGAUCCUCUCGGCCGGCAGUAUCGGUAGUCCGCAACUAUUAAUGUUAUCCGGUAUCGGGCCUAAGCAACAUUUACGCGAAAUGGGGAUACCCAAUAUUGUUGAUCUGCCCGUCGGCAAAAAUCUUCAGGAUCACGUCGUUUGGUUGGGCAUACUUUUGGCCUUCAAGAACGAGAACGCGACACCGCCAUCGCCCAUAAAUAUACUAGAUGAAGCUUACGACUAUUUAAUGCACAGUCGAGGUCCCUUGGUAAGCUCAAUCAACGAUGUUAUAGGUUUCAUUAAUGUACACGAUUCGACCUCCAAAUAUCCCAAUAUUCAGUUCCAUCAUUUUUAUGCACCACAAUGGCGUACGGACAUGGUGUUCCAAUCUUUGCCGAUAUUUAACAUCGAUAAGGAGAUAACACAAAACAUAGCGCAAAUCGCGACAGAAUCAAACGUGCUUCUUCCUUCAUCAAUUUUGUUAAAACCAAAGAGUGUAGGCCAGCUGCGAUUACGUAGCAAGAACCCAGCGGAUCCCGUUAGAAUCAACGCAAAUUACUACUCUGAUCAGGAAGAUUUAGAAACAAUGUUCAAGUCCUUGGACUUCGUAAAGAAAAUGGUGAACACUGAGACAUUUAAGCAAAAGGGAGUGUUGCUACGCCAUCUGAACAUUACAGGUUGUCGUCACACCAAACCCGAUUCCGAGAAAUAUUGGAAAUGUAAUCUACGAUAUAUGUCGUCUACAAUAUUCCAUCCUGUUGGAACGGCUAAAAUGGGCCCCCAGAGCGACACCACAGCCGUCGUAGAUUCUCGACUCAAGGUUCACGGUAUACGAGGAUUGAGAGUCAUUGACGCAUCUAUCAUGCCAACAAUCACUAGCGGAAACACGAAUGCGCCCACGAUAAUGAUAGGUGAAAGAGGCGCAGAUUUCAUCAAGGAAGAUUGGGCAAUUGCAAAAGACAAAGAUGAACUGUAGGAGGAAAAAAUCUUGAAGCCUAUCAAGAUUUUUCAACAUUGUCAGAUUUUUUCUUUUCUUCCCUUUCUUUUAAUCUCUUAAUCGUACUAUAAAAAAUAAAUC